AUGUUUUGUUUGGUUACUUUGAUAUUUCUCUUCUAUGUUGUUUAUCAAGUUUAUAAGUAUUUUUUUCCAUCAUCCGACAUCAAUACUCAAGGAAAAUAUGUUCUUAUAACUGGUUGCGAUAGUGGCUUUGGUAAUGCUCUAGCUAUUGAACUAGAUCAACGAGGUUUCAAUGUAUUGGCCGGUGUCUUCAGUGAGAAAAGUCGAGAUUCACUCGUCAAUUGUCUCUCAUCACGAGCAACGGUCUUUUGUCUUGAUAUAACUCGUCAAGAUCAAAUUGAUUCAGUUUACCAGAUGGUUCAAGAAAAAACAAAUGUACUUCAUGCUCUAGUUAACAAUGCCGGCAUCAGUGAAAAUGGUCCCAUCGAUUGGAUUACAAUGAAUACAAUGCGCAAAUUGAUGGAUGUGAAUUUUUUUGGACAUGUAGCCAUGACAAAAAAGUUUUUACCCUUACUCAUUGCCAAACGAGAUUCACGUGUGGUGAACGUUUCAUCAAUUGCUGGCUUCUUAGUUGGACCGAGUUCAGCUGCAUAUAGUGCUUCAAAAUAUGCUCUUGAAUCGUUCUCGGAUUGUCUUCGUCGGGAAAUGACUGUAUGGGGUUUACGAGUGAGUAUAAUCGAGCCUGGUGCUAUGCGAACACCAAUUGUCGAAGGACAUGAUCGUGCAGCACAUAAUUUAUGGGCAAAUCUUUCCAAUGACGUCAAAGAACGAUGGGGCGAAGAAUUUUUCCAACAUCAAGUCAAGAACUUAGAAAACAAUACAAUUAUGAAAAUGGCUGAAAAUCCAAGUAAAGUAAUAGAAGCACUUCGGCAUGCUGUCAUGAAUACACGUCCAAAUAUUCGUUAUCGACCUGGUUGGCAAUCAAGUCUUGUUUUUUUUCCACUUUCCAUGUGCCCUGCUUGGUUGGUUGAUUUCUUAAUGGAUAUGGGUCGUGAUAAACGCGUGACACCUGAUGGUGUUCUCAAGCAACUUAUGAACUGA